AUGGCAGGAAGAAAAAUGAAAGAAAAAGAUAAGCUUAAAGAACAGCACAGCUUGAGUUCCCGACCACCCAGAAUCCUUCCUGCAUCCUUGAGCCCAUAUUCUGUUCAAAAUGAGCCUGCAUCUUCCUCCUUUCCUAAACUUGAGCCUGCAGCCCUUACACCUUACCCUGGCAUGUCCCCUAUUCCUAUAGAUAAUAAAUUUAAUCCUUUAGGAUCUACCUUGGGCCAAAUGAGACCCAACUACCAGUCUGUACUUGCAUCUAGUUAUGAUCCUUAUCCUUUACCCCCUAAUACAAGUCCUCUAUCUUCUUCUACAUUUAGACCUAGGUCUUCCCCUUAUGUAUCUAAAUGCACCACUAAUUUAUUUGUGCUUGAACCCCAUAUCCCUGCAUCUACAAGCCCUGCUACAAUAGCUCUAAAUCAUUUUCCUCCUGGUUUUCAUUACCUUCCUCAUAGUCCUUACAAGUCCUUAAAAUAUUAUAGAGAAAUCCUUCUUGAAACUAAGUCUGUUGAUAUUAAGCCUAUACGAGAUAAACUUCUCUACUGGUUUCUUCACUGGUGGGACACUCAUGGUCCUGUGUCUGAAAUUAUACCUUCUGCAGUAACUGAGCUUAUUACUACAUUCUCUUCUAGAGUUAAGAUUCCUGAACGUGAUUUAUUUUUCCCUAUGCCUUUGUUAUUCUGUACACGUUACAAGAUUCCCUGGAUUAUGAAAUGGAAUUAUCAUGCAGAUUGGGAGAAGAGAUUCUUUUCCCGACAUUUUUCUGUGAAAUGGUGGGAUCGUUUUGAAACCCACCGUAUAUCUGAAUAUUUUGCCAGAGAUUUCCCUGCACUUCCUCCUAAGCCUGAGCCUAAGCCUAAGCCUUCUUCUUCUCAAUCUUCCCAAAUUUCUACUGAAGGAAAAUCUAAAGUUGAGUUAAAAGAUCUAGCUAAACAGUUACUUUUACAAGCCGAAGAAAUGCAAGAUGAUGAUGAAGACAAUGUAUCUGAAUCUUCCUCCAGCUGUCAGCCUCUGCCUCUGAGCCCCAGUCCUGAUCGCCCUAUGAGAUGGUCUGACUAUCCCCAUGGUCAAGACCCUAAUGAAGCCUAUUCUGCUUAUGAUCUGAAUUCUGACUGA